AGUCGGCGCCGCUCCUUCGUUACAGUGACGCACGUCACAUCAGCUAGGCAGCUCAGUUGGGUAGUGAUCUCGAUAGCUGACGAACCUUACGCACGCCGUGCACACGUGCCAUACGCGUCUGUAUCCCUUCUCCGCAACGAUUCCGCAGUCCGUCGUUCUGUAAUCGGUAAAACCGUCCAUCGACGCCGUUUGCACUCGGUGCCGUUCCAUUCAUUACCUCUAUUUGAUAUCAGAAAAUUAUAAUGCUGAAUUAAAAACACUAUAUUCGUGCUUACCGGCCCACGUGUGGUUUCUAGAUGUUUGUUAAUAUUGUCAAAUUUUAAAGUUCAGGCCGAUUUUUCUGAUUGUAAGCGUGAUUUUUUUUUAUCUUGCGUGUCAAACGCAAGCCGGAUUUAAUUUUAAACGCGGUACUCAAAAGCCUUCAAAAUUUAUUCAAGUGUGAUAAUGUCUAAUCCAAUGGAGCAACAGUUCGAGCUUAAUUUAUCACAAGAGGACCAUGAUCAAAUAUUUGAACAAGACGAUCUCCACGAUCAAAGAUCCUCAAAGGUACUCAUCAGUGGGCUACCUCUGCAUAUCCGCUUCGAUAACAUCGAGCCACUGCUCUCACAGUAUGGCAACGUGCAGCAUUGCGACAAAGCCAACACCCGCGAUCCCAACACCCAAGCGGUGUUCAUCACCUUCGAGAGUCCAGAGCAGGCGCAGCAAGCCAUAAACGGGUUGAAUGGAUGUGAAUUGGAGGGUUGUCGUAUAAAAGUGGAGGCAGCAGAGCAGAAUGCUCGUGGAGGUCGUCGCGGUCGCCCUGGUGGCGGCCGUGGUGGAGGCGGCGCUGCUGGCGGUGGCUCGCGCCCCACCGACUUCCCACUGCGUCUGCUGGUGCAGAGCGACAUGGUCGGCGCUAUCAUCGGUCGCCAGGGCAGUACCAUUCGACUCAUCACCCAGCAGAGUCGUGCUCGCGUUGACGUACACAGGAAGGAUAAUGUCGGCUCCCUGGAAAAAGCAAUUACCAUCUAUGGGAAUCCCGAGAAUUGCACCAAUGCCUGCAAGAGAAUCCUUGAAGUAAUGCAGCAGGAGGCCAAUAAUACUAAUAAAGGCGAAAUAUGCCUGAAGAUUUUGGCCCAUAAUAAUCUCAUUGGACGCAUCAUCGGCAAAGGCGGCAACACCAUCAAGAGAAUUAUGCAAGAGACCGAUACAAAGAUCACUGUCUCCUCUAUAAAUGAUAUCAAUAGCUUCAAUUUGGAGAGAAUCAUAACCGUUAAGGGCUCCAUCGAGAACAUGGCCAAGGCGGAAUCGCAAAUUUCAGCCAAAUUGCGUCAAAGCUACGAAAAUGAUUUGCAGGUGCUGGCGCCGCAAAGCAUUAUGUUCCCUGGGUUGCACCCAAUGGCUAUGAUGUCGACUGGACGUGGUUUCUGUGGAGCUCCGCCACCGUUCCAGCCGCCGAUGUAUGCGCCGCUGGCCGGCCCUGGGGCACAGCAGGGUGCCGGUGACUCGCAGGAAACAACCUAUCUGUACAUCCCAAACAACGCUGUGGGCGCGAUUAUCGGUACAAAGGGCUCGCACAUUCGCAACAUUAUUAGAUUCAGCAAUGCUUCUGUUAAGAUUGCGCCUUUGGAACAAGAAAAGCAACAGGAACCGCAGAACCCACAGCAAGAGCGCAAGGUUACCAUUGUCGGCAGCCCUGAAGCGCAAUGGAAGGCGCAGUAUCUUAUCUUUGAAAAGAUGCGGGAAGAAGGUUUUAUGUCUGGAUCGGAUGACGUGCGGCUGAUUGUGGAAAUUGUCGUGGCCUCGUCGCAAGUGGGUCGGAUCAUCGGCAAAGGCGGACAGAACGUGAGGGAGCUUCAGCGCGUGACCGGCUCGCUGAUCAAGCUACCCGAGCAGCAGCAGCAGCCCGGCUCGCAGGGACAAGAGCACGAGACCACCGUUCACAUUGUGGGCCCCUUUUAUAGCGUCCAGUCUGCGCAGCGACGCAUCCGUGCCAUGGUGGCGCAGGCGAGCGCGCCGGGACGCCGCCGCGCCGCGCAGCCCCCGCCCGUGCAGCAGUAGGCAGACAAGUCCGCGUCCCCACCCCCACCCCCCCAACCCUCCCCGCGCGCUCUUACAAACCCCACCCCUCUAAACCCUGCCCCCGCCCCCCCCUAACCGCGGCCAGCCUCCGCAUUACCUACAGCCUAAUUACACACCUUUUUUUUUCGCAUUAACCAAUUAAGCAGCCUUACAGUCACUCUGAGUAACUGAUGACAUAGUAAGCAUACUUUAAUGCACCCCAAAAAGAACAUCAGUAAAAAUGGUAAGGAUGAUAGUUACCCAGAUUGACUGAAUACGCAUUCAGAAUAAAUCAGCCCUUGAAAUGUAUGUGUGUAUGUAUUACACAAUUUUUUAAUUAUCUUUGAAUUACAUAUGAGCUGUCAUAUAAUAAGGUAUGCUUAAACUGCUUGAUGUGAAAUUGAUUUUGCACGACUUUGGAUAAUGUAAUUAAUUUCUGAUUAAUUAGCAAUUUGAAAAGCAUAUUCGCUUUGAUUAAAAUUUACAUUAUUAUAAUGAAGUAAUACUUAUGUAAAUAAAUGUUUUAAAAAUACAUUAUCAUAAGCUGUCUGAUAUCAAAAUUUAAAAUGGAUACGUGCCAUGUACUGUAUCUGUACGUUUUCGAACAUAGUUUUUGUGUUAGGCUCGUAAUGUUAUUGUACACGCUUUCUAUCUUAUACAAUUGUGUAUGUCUCACGGUGGCUCGUCUAUGUAGUCGUUUGAGUUUAGUACGCAACAUGUCCAAUGACCGAUGGAUUAUAUAUCAUAAGUAAAACUGCACAAAACUGAACUUACUGUUAACACGUACGUUCUUUUAUUACAUUACGCAGACGAGAAUGCUUUUAGUUACUUAAAUAUACAUUUUAUAUACAAAAAAAAAUAAU